AGGAAAACUGACACGUGGUACAGCUGUGCUAACUUAGAAUAUAUGUAUAAAAGGUCGCAGACAAUUAGUUUUCAUCAUUCGGUCUAAAGUAUUCUGAAGAAACAUGAAGAGCUUGUUUAUUGUCAUUUGCGUUUUCGCAACCAUUGCCCUCAGCUCCCAAGAUCCAAUUGGGCUCGACGGGCUUGCAUCCCAAAAUCUCAAUGAAGACCGUACUGAAGAAUUUGAAGAAGUAAAAGAUUUUGAUGAAGAUCGUGCCGAAGAGUUGGAACCAUUCGAAGCUCUUGAUGAAGACCGUGCUGAAGAACUUGAAGAAUUAAAAGAUUUUGAUGAAGAUCGUGCCGAAGAGUUGGAACCACUCGAAGCUCUUGAUGAAGACCGUGUUGACAAUUUCGAGGAAGCUGACAACCAAGAGCUUCGAGGAUGAAGUGAAGUUGACUGAUAAUUGAGGUCAAAAGCUUUCCAUUAGCCUUGUGGUUCUUGGAAUAAAUGAAUGACAUCAUCUGAGUUCUUGAAUUACAAUGAAUUCUUGGCAA